AAAAACACAGUAUGAACAAAGAUGAUAAACCUAUAUUCUAAAAAAAUAACAUCCAUACAUCCAACUGCCCCAAAAUGAACUCUCAACGGCGGACAAUGACGCCGGACUGCCUCUGCCACCGCCACCUCCGGCCGCCGGCGGAAACCUACGGCAUCGUUUUCUACAACGACAUAAUCCACGCCACCGUAACCCACCACCCUUCCGCCGUCGCCGAAUGGAUCCACGACAUCAAUUCUCUGUACGGCCACCGCCUGACCGUCGGCCUCGACGUCGAAUGGCGCCCGACCACCGUCCGCGGCGGCCCGCCGAACCCCGCCGCCACCCUUCAGCUCUGCGCCGGCCGCUGCUGCCUCGUCUACCAAUUAAUCCAUUCGCCGUACGUCCCCGUCGCCCUGAUCCGAUUCCUGUCGCAGUCUCCUCACACCUUCGUCGGGGUAGGGAUUAUCGCCGACCUGGAGAAGCUCCGGCGGGACUACGGGAUUGAAUCGGCAGCGGCGGCGGCGGUGGACUUGCGGCGGAUGGCGGCGGCGGUGGAGGGGCGGGAAUUUAAUGGUUUGAAGAAUGCGGGGUUGAAGACGAUGGCGAGGAGCGUGCUGGGGAAGGAGAUGGAGAAGCCGAAAGCGGUGGCGCUGAGCGGUUGGGAUAAUCGACGGCUGACGUUCGAUCAAGUGAGAUAUGCGGUCGUCGAUGCGUUCGUCGCCUCUGAGAUUGGGCGAGUUCUGACCGCACGAUGAUAGGGGCUAAGGUAAUCGAAAUCAAGGGUCGAGAUUAAUUGAUACGUUAGGUCAUUUGUUUACACAGUAAGAAUUUGACAGUACGGCCAUGGCCAGUGCUGAUAAUCGA